AUGGCCUGGGAGGAAUUUGCAAGAAAACUAAGCGCCAAGAACGGGGACCAGUAUGCGCACACGGGCGAGACCAUGGAGGACGCGAUCUUGCGCACCUGCCUCUUGGGCGAGACCGGGAUGCUCCUCGGUACGGAUUGGUACUUUGAUCGGGUGGUUGAUGUGGCUGGAUAUGGAUACGACCCGUACCCUUCGAACAACGGAAAAUACUACGCACGCAGACAGCUUUAA